CUGUGCGGGGCAGAGCUCCGGCCGGACUUGCCCCGAAAAUUUGCCUACCAACACGUUCGCCCGCCAAAGAUUCGCCCAGCAAAGCCCAGCAAAGCCCAGUAUUGCCCGCGGAGUGGACAGACCCUCUUUUGCAUAGGAUUCCGCGCCCCACCGAGGCGGGUGACUUGAACCGCCCAAGCUAUUGCUGCUAUAGUACUCGCCGAGAACAAAUCGAUCGCAAUCUCACCACUCUUCACGAGUGACAGUCUCGUGCCUCUUAUCUAUCCUUGGAAGACACUAUUCGGCCUCGAAUCUCUUCCGAUCUUUCUUUCCGAUCUACGCGACCUAUUUCAUCAUCCCCUCCUACCCCGCCGGAUUGCAACAGUAUCUUCAUUGACAGGGCGCGGUGCGUUGCGUCACGGCCCAUCGACAAACUCCGCCCACGAGAUCGACAGUCAUCAUGUCAUACUAUCCUGGACAGCAAGGCGGCAGCCACUACCCGGGCUAUCCUCCGCAAGGUGGUCCUCCGCCUGGACAAUACCCUCCUCCUCAGCAAUACGGUGGCUAUGGUGGACCGCCGCCUCCUCAACAGUACAACCAAGGCUAUGGUGGACCUCCGCCACAGCAAUACAAUCAGGGCUAUCAACAAGGACCACCGCAAGGGAACUUCGGCUAUGGUCAGCCAAACCCAGGUGGACCGCCACAACAACAACCUCUACACGCGCCUCCACCACCGCAACAACAGCAAAACUUCGGCAACGGCGCUCCAAAUAGUUACACAUACCAAUACUCCAAUUGUACAGGUCGAAGAAAGGCACUAUUGAUCGGCAUCAACUAUUUCAACCAGCGAGGACAGCUUCGUGGAUGUAUCAACGAUGUCAAGAACAUGUCGGGAUUCUUGAACGGACACUUUGGAUAUAAACGCGAGGACAUGGUCAUCUUGACCGAUGACCAGCAAGCACCUAUGAGCCAGCCGACUAAGGCCAACAUCAUCCGCGCAAUGCAUUGGUUGGUAAAGGACGCCCAGCCGAACGAUUCGCUAUUCUUCCACUAUUCUGGUCACGGUGGUCAGACUCCUGAUCUCGACGGUGACGAAGAGGAUGGAUACGAUGAAGUCAUCUAUCCUGUUGACUUCCGGGAGGCUGGUCACAUCGUUGACGACGACAUGCACAACAUCAUGGUCCGAAGCCUCCGACCAGGUGUCCGUCUCACUGCAAUCUUCGACUCUUGCCACUCUGGAUCCGCCCUCGAUCUUCCAUACAUCUACUCCACUCAAGGUGUGCUCAAGGAGCCCAACCUUGCCAAGGAAGCUGGUCAGGGUCUGCUUGGUCUUGUCACGUCAUACGCGAAAGGCGAUAUUGGCGGUAUGGCAUCGACGGCGAUGAACUUUUUCAAAAAGGCCACCAGCGGUGAUGAUGCUUACCAGCGCAACCUGGUCACCAAGACGAGCCCGGCAGAUGUCAUCAUGUGGAGUGGAAGCAAAGACAGUCAGACUUCGGCCGAUGCCAACAUUUCGGGUCAAGCCACUGGCGCCAUGUCCUGGGCGUUCAUUACCGCGCUCAAGAAGUCUCCUCAACAGAGCUACGUGGAGCUGCUCAACAGCAUCCGCGACGAGUUGGAAGGCCGCUACGACCAGAAACCGCAAUUGAGCUGCAGUCAUCCUCUUGAUACGAACUUGCUAUACGUUAUGUGAUGCUUUUGAGUGAACAAGGACAUCGGAGUUUCUGGGAGAUUUUUGCUAUGUGGGGUUCCCACCAUGAGAUACUAUCGAGUAGAAAAGCCGCUUGUUUUCUGAAAUGAUGUUUCUAAAAUCUGCAGUAUCGUUGUGCAUCAUGCUGUGAUGGACGUGAGGUUCAUUGGAUGAGAGACGCGAAUGAGUGUCGACAAUUCUGGCGCGAUGAUGCCUCGAACUUGACUCGUGGGACUCUUCACAGUUACGCAACGAUCCUCCCAUCAUGAAGCGAUGACGAAGCCCA